AUGUUCUCGACUCAAGUGCAUUGGUACUUUACUUUCCAGACUGAUACCGGACGUAUCCGGUAUGCGGAGCCCGGGGAGUUCACAAAACGUGCCUUCCUCAACGAUCGUCUCGAUCUCACUCAAAUCGAUGCUCUUGGAGACACACUCUCGGCCGAGACUGAGCAACAACGCCGAGCAGCGGAGCGAGGCAACUCUCGCGUGCUCAGCCAGAGAUAUGAGUCUUGGCGAGAGCAGCUUCUCCUCGCGCGCGGUGAAAUUGAAGCCCUUAUCGACUUUUCUGAGGAUCAGCAUUUUGACGAGUCUCCUUCUGAGCUUCUGGGUAACGUGACGAGGCUAGCUACGGAAAUCCUCGGCAGCAUUCGUCUUCACGACCUGGGGAGUCAAAAGAGCCAGCUUCUACGGAGCGGAAUCCGAAUCGCGCUUCUGGGCCCGCCCAAUGUCGGGAAAAGCUCACUCAUGAACCACAUUGUCGGCAAGGAGGCAUCAAUCGUAUCACCCGAGGCCGGCACGACUCGUGACAUUGUUGAGGUCAGCCUCGAUAUGAGGGGUUACCUAUGCUCCUUUGCCGAUACAGCUGGAUUUCGCGGGGAGGGCUCGAGUCUGCCUGGUGAAGCCGCGGACAUCGGACACGUUGAAAGGGAGGGAAUACGUCGCGCGAGAGCAACAGCCCUAUCAUCAGACGUGGUGAUCGUCCUCGGGGCGGUCACUUCAGACCCAAAUGGAAAAUUCCAAAUCCUGUUCGACGAAGAGAUCUUACGCCUUGUUGGAGAAAACGAAAAGCCUACCAUAAUCGCCGUAAACAAGACGGAUAUUGCUAACGAAGCGAGUAUUAAUUCGCUACUGGCUGACUUCCAUAGGUCUAUCAAGACCAUGCCUGGCUUGGGAGACGCUUCUGCGCCCAUACCUAUCUCCUGCAAGGAAGCAUCUGAGGGUUCUUCAGGGUCUCUAGGAAUCAAAGAUCCUGGCGGCGUGCAUAUGCUGACAGACCACCUCCUGGAUCUGUUUAAGAAUAUGACAUCCAUGCCUGCCGAUAUGCAGGACCUUCUUGGAGUAACCGAGCGACAUCGGCAGCUACUGGACGAGUGUCGAGGCCAUUUGGAGAAUUUUAUGGUCGAGGCCCAGCCCAGCGAUGAGUGCGAAGCUGAUAUCGUCUUGGCAGCUGAACACUUGAGGUACGCGGGCAAUGCUCUGGCAAAGAUUACUGGGCGAGGCGAGGUGCCCGACGUGGAGGAUGUGUUGGGUGUCAUCUUUGAAAAGUGA